AUGUUCAAAGUUCCUCGUAAUUUCAAGCUUUUAGAAGAACUCGAAAAGGGUGAAAAAGGCCUCGGAGCAGAGUCUUGUUCCUAUGGACUAAGUGAUCCUGAUGAUAUGACUCUGACUCAUUGGAAUGCCACCAUUUUGGGACCUCCAAAUUCAACCCACGAGAAUCGUAUCUACUCCUUAACUAUUGAGUGUGGGCCUACUUACCCCGAUACCCCUCCUUUGGUUAAGUUUAUCUCUAAGAUAAAUUUGCCUUGUGUUGACCAAUCAUGUGGUCGUGUCAAACCCGAUAAUUUCCCCAUACUAAGGAAUUGGAAGAGAAGCUACAGCAUGGAGAUCUUGUUGUUAGAGUUAAGGAAAGAGAUGGCUUCGAGUUUAAAUAGAAAGUUGUCUCAGCCUGAGGAGGGUGAGACAUUUUAG